AUGAUCAGUUUGUCUUUUUUAAUUUUCGGUGCGAUGGCUGCACUCAAAGCCUCAUCAUCAACAUCACCGUCAUCUCUUAGGAUUUUGACAAAGGACUGCAAUCAGACGGGCCUUGACAAUUACAGAGAGUCCAACUGCUCAGACAUGGAAAAGGUUCCUCAGGUGAAAGCUUCUACAGGUCCAGAGUGGGAUUCUGUACAAGUAAAAACCAGCAAGGAYGGAUCAGUUCCUGUUGUGAAUGUGUCUUGGAAACUACAAAGUGAUGCGUCCGUAAGGGCAAUCAAAGGCUCAGAGAUAAACAUCAGAGAUGAAACUACAAAUCAAAGUGUGUGCGAGCAGAUUCAUUUCUCUGUUUAUGACAUGGAAAAUUCAAAGCAGGAAAGGUGGACUUUUUCCUUGACUGUUGAGGUAGAACCGGAGCAUACGUACACCACCACAGUGUUUCACUUCCCUGAACCUGACCUCGGAUAUUACAGGAUUGUGACCCAAACUACUGUACCAGGAUGUAAAGACACCAGAAUCAAAAACUCCCAACUGUGCCAGGAGAACGGUAGUCUAUGGAAUCCCAGGAUAGCUGCUGCGCUCAGUGACAAGAAAGAUUUGAUUAAUGUGGAGUUUGACUCGGCGGAGCAUUCAGAGAGCUACCUCGUCUCUAUCCAGAGUGGAGGUGUAAAUUGUUCCAAACUGGUCAAUAAGGAAAACAGGACGCGUCUGAAUGUGACGCUGGGGUGUGUUUCGUUUCAGUUGUCACAAUGCGAAGUAACGAUCCAACCAUAUUUCAUUGGCUGCAAAAAUAACUGUGAGAGUGCUAAGAAAAACAUAACAAGAACGCAAAACAGCAGAUCUAUAAAGAUCUGUUUAGGAAUGAUGUUGAUCUUCGUUGGUUUUCUUGUUUAUUUGCUGCAGAAAGCGUCUCACAAAGCAGCUCCAGUCWCUCCUGCCUCGGCUGACAAGCAGCAACCGGACGUUUUUCACGUUCAAGAGAGAAAACGUGUCCUCGUCAUUUACUCCCUCGACCAUCUGUUAUAUAAGAACAUCGUUCUGAAGUUUUCCGCCUUCUUGGCGGCAAAAUGUGGCACAGACGUGGUCCUGGACCUGCUGGAUUCAACCAGACUGGGAGUACUGGGCAGCAUCCAGUGGCUUGAGUGGCACAAAGAGCAAAUCGAGAGGUCUUCAGAUAAAAUAUUAAUUCUUUGCUCCCGAGGAGUCCAAGCUAAAUGGAGAGCCAUGUGCGGAGGCCAGCAGGUUUUUCUGAGAGAGGAUGCUCUCUCUCCUAUCGGUGACACGCUCACUCCUUCCCUCACUCUCCUGGCGCCAUAUUUUAUCCGCUCGGCGUCGUUUGAAAAGUAUAUCGUGGCGUACUUCGAUGACGUAUGUUCCGAGGCAGACAUCCCCUCGCCCUUCAAGAUUACAGUGCGCUACAAGCUGAUGAAGCAGUUUGAGGAGGUCUUCUUCCGAAUCCUGAACACAGAAAAACACGAACCGGGCCGAGUGAAGCAAAUCAGCGGGCUCUCGGAGGACAAAUACCACGAGUGUCCUUCAGGGGGCGCCCUAAGAGACGCCAUAGAGGCCUUCCGCAAGUAUCAGCUGGAGCAUCCGUUCUGGUUCCAGGAGGAGUUACUGGAACGCUCCGAGCUGGAGGACCUGGAGGCCACAGAGGAAUGYGAUGAAGAGAAAAUAAGAAUCACAGACCAYGUAGCAUGUGUGUUCAAUUCGGUCCGACUCAUCAGUGACAUGGAGAUCCAAAAACGUGUAACAAUAAAUGAAACAAAGGUUCGGCUGGCUGAAACGCAUCAAAUGUGCUCAACGCUGGAGUUCAACUCUCACACUGUACAGGGCAUUCAGCUGCUUUAACGA